AUGAUCACCGCAGGCCUCUGUAGAGUCAGCGGGUACAACGAGCACAAGCCGGCUCAGAUGCAGGCAAGACGCGUGCAGAGGGUGCAGAAGAGCCCCAAAGCACAAGAGGCGCAAUUCGCAGCAAAUGCAGGAGACGGCCGGGCUAGCAACUUUUGA